AUGUGUGUAAAUAAAUCUUCAGGCAAGAACUCCAAGCGGACGCCUGUCCGGCUCCGACACAAGAUCGAAAAGGCUUCCGCGGCGAAGCAACGGAAGGCGAGAAAGCUCGCGAAGCAGAAUCCCGAAUGGCGCUCCAAGGUCAAGAAGGACCCCGGUAUCCCCAACCUGUUCCCGUUCAAGGACAAGAUCCUCCAUGAGAUCGAAGAGAAGAAGAGAUUGAAGGCAGAGGAGCAGGAGCGCAUCAGGGAGGAGGCCCGCGCCCGCCGGGCGGCCGACAAGCAGCAGUCACAGUCUGGAGAAGCUGCUCCCCGUGCUAUGCUCGACGACGAGGAUAUUGAGCUUGAUGAUGAGGAUAUGGAUGGGGAUGAUUCGUCGAAUCCCAUGGCGGCGCUGCUUGCUUCUGCCCGUGCGCGCGCGGCCGAGUACGAGGACGAGCACGAUGAGGACGAGGAUGAGGAUGAUGAUGAAAUGGACGAGGAUGAUGAUGAUGACAUGGACGGUAUGGAUGAGGACGACGAAGAGGAGGGAGCGCUGGGUGAUGCUGUCCCCCAGCUCAUCUCACAGCCCAUCUCGAAGGAAAGCUCGCGGCGGGCGUUCGACAAGGUCUUCAAGCAGGUCGUCGAAGCUGCGGAUGUCAUCCUGUAUGUCCUUGAUGCUCGUGAUCCGGAGGGCACCCGGUCCAAGGAGGUCGAGCGUGAGGUGAUGGCAGCGGACGGAGGCUCUAAGCGAUUGAUUUUGAUCCUCAACAAGAUCGAUCUCGUUCCCCCUCCCGUGCUCAAGGCCUGGCUGCUGCAUCUGCGGCGGUCCUUCCCUACGCUGCCGCUCAAGGCUGCCAACAGCGCUGCCAAUGCGCACAGCUUCGACCACAAGCAGCUGACCGUCAAGGGCACAUCCGAGACGCUCUUCCGCGCCCUGAAGUCAUACUCCGCCAACAAGCAGCUGAAGCGGGCAAUCUCCGUCGGCAUCAUCGGUUACCCCAACGUCGGCAAGUCAUCCGUCAUCAAUGCUCUGAGCGCCCGUCUCAACAAGGGCUCCAGCAACGCUUGCCCGACCGGGGCCGAGGCCGGCGUGACCACGAGUCUGAGAAGCGUGAAGCUCGACAGCAAGAUCAAGCUCAUCGACUCGCCCGGCAUCGUCUUCCCCAACACCAGCGACAAGAAGAAGGGCAAGAAGAAGCAGGACGAGCAUGCCCGCCUUGUCCUCCUGAACGCCAUUCCUCCCAAGCAGAUCGCGGACCCGAUCCCCGCUGUCAACCUGCUCCUGAGACGCUUGUCGUCCUCCGAGCAGCUCAUGUCCAAGAUGCUCCAGCUCUACAACAUCCCCCCGCUCUUCCCGUCGGGCUCGGACCAAACCACCGACUUCCUGGUCCAGGUCGCCCGCAAGCGCGGUCGUCUGGGCAAGGGCGGCGUGCCCAAUCUCGAGAGUGCUGCGAUGACCGUGAUCAACGACUGGAGAGACGGCCGCAUUCAGGGCUGGGCUACGGCCCCCGUACAGCCUACAAUUGUGGCGACGGCCGAGGGAGCCUCCACGGCGGCGCCUGCUGGGUCGGGAGUUGACACGAAACAGAUCGUCACGGAAUGGGCUGCGGAGUUCAAGAUCGAGGGACUCUGGGGCAAUGGCGAGGGUGAGGAUGAGGAGAUGGCGGAGUAG